AUGGACAAACUCACCAAAGGAUGGGUCCAGCAUCAACGGAAAGCUGCUCGCCGAGAAGCUGAAUCUCGUGGCCACCAGUGCCUGCAUUGUGAUGCCGAACUCCCACCAGAAUUCGAGGCAUUCAGGGCCCACUAUACGUUGAAUCACCCGGCAUUGGCCGUGGAAUCUGAUAUUGAUGAAGAAUUUAAAAACUUCACAACACUGCAAAAAUCGACAGCCAGGACGUUGAAAGACACCCAGGUUACUGGAGUUGGUACUAGGAAGAGACCUGUGUCUGGCAAUCCUGACCUGGCUGAGGAUGAGCUUGACAGAUUGAAUUUGGCUGGUGAUGAGACGACGCCAAGCCGACGUGGGAGUAAGAAGAUAUGCUCCCCUCCUGCAUCGGUAACUCAACAGCGUGGAUCGCGUGGAUCGUCACCGCCCACCCCUAUGCGAAGUCGUGCCAGACCGACCGAGAGGGAGGAUGGUUUUGUUCGUGGCAGCAAGAAUGUAUCUGGUAGGCAGCUUUGGACGGCUGAUGACAACCGAAAAGGGGCCGCACCACAGCGACCCAGGACACCACAGACCAGACGCGGUCCAUUAGCGGCGAGCGGGAGUCAUCGGCGGUCUCCGCAGCACCGAACACAUCCCAAGUUCUCACAGCAUCAUGCCCAUGUUCAGUCGCCUUCUGACAACGAAGUGUCAUCCGAGUUAUUCCGGCAACCUGAUACCAGGCCAAUAUCAUCAGAUCAGCUCGCGGCUGAAGUCCAAGGCAUUUAUGCCGGAUUGGUCUUGCUUGAGAACAAAUGCAUUGAGUAUGACAAUUCUCAGAUCCAUGCCGAACUAAGUGAGGAGCAAUAUCAUGCACUGAUAUCUCUACAUCGCUCCUUACUCCACGAACAUCAUGACUUCCUAUUGGCAUCCCAACAUCCGUCGGCGAGUGAUGCGCUUCGACGACUCGCUUCUGACCACAGAAUGCCUGCGCGUAUGUGGCAUCAUGGUAUUCACUCAUUCUUGGAGCUCCUGAGACCAAAGCUGUCAAAGUCACUAGAACACAUGCUGACGUUUAUAUACAUUGCCUACACGAUGAUUGCGUUGCUAUAUGAAACUGUGCCUGCAUUUGAAGAUACUUGGGUCGAAUGCUUAGGCGAUCUAGGGCGUUAUAGGAUGGCCGUGGAAGACGAUGAUAUUCGGGAUCGAGAAAUUUGGACUGGGGUCUCAAAGUACUGGUACACAAAGGCUUCUGACAAGGCACCAACGACAGGGCGACUCUACCACCACCUAGCAAUUUUGGCGCGGCCGAAUGCACUCCAGCAAUUGUACUUUUACGCCAAAUCUCUUUGCGUGCCAAUUCCUUUUCUUAAGGCCCGAAAGAGCAUCAUGACGCUAUUUCAGCCCUUGUUGAUUCCUAGUCCAAACACUGUUCAGCGUUUAGACCCGGUGGAUGCGGCAUUUGUUCGUGUUCAUGGUAUAAUAUUCUCUGGGAAGCAUGAAGAUCAACUGGAGCCAUCAAUGAAGCAAUUUUUGGACCUCUUGGAUAGUCGUAUCGGAAGAGAGCACGGAAAUUGGCUGGAAUCUGGGUACUAUAUUGGUAUUUCAUUGAGCUGCCUGCUUCUAGGUUUUGGAGAUGAGUCGAAUGUUCUAAUGCGGGCCAUUCUGAAUCGUAACCGAAAACAUUCAGAGGAUAUGGACGAUAACUCCGAAGCAAAUACAAAACCAUGUGCCACCUUUAAGACUUCGGUGUCAUUUGCAGCACGGACGUUUGAGAUUGUUAUUGCUCGCUGGGGUGACAAAAAUACCUUACCGUGCCUGCAUACUCUCUUGGUGUUCUACUGGUUUAUGAUGGACUUUGACGCAGGAAAGCAGUAUCUAGAAGACUCGCUUCCGUGGGAACAGACGGCUUUGCUGUUGAACUAUCUGCUGAGGACUAGCGAAGUCGCGCCGCGCCUAGAUACAGACGAGAUACCUUGGCCAGAAGGUGGGAUCGCGCACCCUCUGCCUGAAGACUACGCGAUGCGCGGAUUAAUCUACACCGAGAACUACUAUCCAAAGAACUGGUUUGACAACACUGCAAUUGACGACGACGAAAAGUACUUUGAACCUGCUUCAACUGUCGGCAAGCGAAGCGAGAGAAUCUUGUGGCUUGGCCAUAGCAUUGCCCUGAAGAGGAGAAAACUGUUUUGGGACAAGCAUGCGAAACAGUUCUCGACCAAGAGUAAUGAGAUCGAUGUGCGCCAAAAUGCAGCAGGCACUCCUGAGCCGCCCGCGUUGGAGCCCGCCGUUGCAUCUGCUGAAACGGAAACGACGUCCCCGUGA